AUUGGUUGAAUGUUGAUAUUGAAAUAUUGAAUAUAUUGAAAAUUAUGUGCACAAGAAACAGAAAGCCUCGUCUUUAUUCUAUCAUCUUAUCACUCAAUCUUGCUUGUAGAGAAUCAAGUUGUGCAUGUAGUAGGGAUCAGCUGAUGGCUGCCGUAGUGUUGGUCUGUCAUAUUAACGCUCGUGUCACUAACCUAUGCCAACCUUGCAGGUUGCAACUGCAAGUCAAUAGGCGCAUGCGAGCAAUGACAGGUGAAGCAAGCCAAGAAGUACCAAUAAAAAAUACAAUGCAGUUGUGUUGGAUUAACUGUCACAGGAAGAACAGCGAGAAAGUAUUGUACAAACUCGUACUGCGACUCGUACUAAGCUUGCUUCUUACUUAAACAUUAGGCGCAUUACAGAACUGAAUAUUUCACACAAUUCUGGCUAAUAAUAAUCCACUUAAUUCGCCAUGGGUGAGCAAAACGUCAAGAUGUUAAUUCGCUCCUUCGGUCUCACUCGAGAACACUUCGUACUGGCCGCACGGCAUUUGCACGAAAUAGCAAUGUCACAUGCAUCCCCGUAAGACGUUCGUCAUCAUGACAGCUUAUUAAUGCAGAUGUUGUGAGCAAAGGCCGAGUUAUUUUGGGCGCUCGCCCACAGUUGCUGCUAACCUCCGGAAAUGCGAGCCAGUCCUUCCGAUUUUUAAUGUUCAACUCAACUCCCAGCCGGGAUUAGCUUCGGGCUAACUCCACUUAAAUAUGGACCCAGACCCGAAGGAGACGGUGAAGGAGGUCGAGAGCAAAGUGAUACUACACUGGAACUAUCGGGACCUCGCCGAGCUUCCAGAGGCGGUGAGAACGCAUGGCGGCCACGUCCAGGAGAUGUACCUCAAGUGGAACCGGCUCACCGUCAUACCAUCCUGGAUCGUGGAGCUGCGUAAUCUCACCAACUUGUACAUCAGCGGCAACCUGAUCAGAGAGCUGCCCAGGGAGAUCAGCGAGAUGAGCCAGUUAACGGUGCUGGAUCUGAGCGACAACGAGUUGGCAUGGGUACCACCUUGCAUCAGUGAUCUGAGCAACCUGAGGACCCUGCUCUUGAAUGACAACUUCAUUGACAAGCUACCAGUUGAAUUGAAAAGAUUGAGCAACCUGGAGGUGCUGUCUGUCUCGAGCAAUCAGAUCGUUGUGCUACCAGAAUGGAUCGGCUCUCUACCGAGGCUGAAGGAAUUGCACAUGGACAACAACAAGCUGAGGGAGCUGCCUAACCGAUUAACACUGGCACCUGCGCUUACCAUCAUCUCCGUGUGUGUAAACAGGCUGAGGUAUUUACCGUUGAACGGAUUUCUGUCGGCUCCCUAUAUCCGAUUCGAUAUAAACGACUUUCUGAAUUACAUGUCGUAUCCGCUACUGUUCCAACUGCUCUCGCGACUUCGGACGACGUUGAUCGACGACAGGGGCACUCUGGCAUAUGGAUGUUUUAAGUCGCAUGACGAUGUGUUAAACACAAAUAUAAAAUUGUACAUAGAGAUGAAGGGAUUUUAUAAAAAGAACGCCGACGUUAUAAUCGAGUUGCCACGGCAGCUAUUAAAGGUCCACGGGGUCCACGAGAACGCGACCUGUUCCCUGCUGGAACUCGCACUGAGAAAGGUCUACACCGGCAGGUUUAAGCAUACGCUCGACGUGACGAUUUCACCUCCAAACGCGACGGUGCUUUACGCGCCACUCUCCGAGGCUAAAUUUGACUUUACAAUGACUCCUACGAACUACAUGUUCCGUUUACUGAGGAACGGGCCCGCCAGUAUCUGCGUAAAUCCUCGGUGUCAGCAACCGAUAUUCACCGAGGCGUGGACCAUCAUCGGUAUCAGUUUUCACGCAGAGAUGAUAACGACAGCCCUAUGCUGCAGUAAAAGUUGCGCCACCGCAUUCGCUACGCACUCGAGUACGACUAUUACGACGCUCGAUUGGCAUUGCAUCAAUCGAUGAGACCUCCUCGUUAGGUAUCUAGUCAAUAACACCUCUGUACAUAGAAAGCAUUUAGGACAAUAAAACGAUUCUUGCACCGU